ACAUGACUAAUAAUAAUCAAAUAAUAAAGAUACAUAUUCAUUAACUCAAUAAAAUAAUAAUUCCAGAUAAAUUUAUAUCAGAGUUUCAACUGGUAUCUAUUAUCCUCCAAAAUAGUCUCAGAUAUCCUGUUGAGAUAAGAGGUUUAUUGAGACUUCUGUGAUGGAAAUACCUCAAGAUUUAGUUAAAGUAUUCGACUUUAUUAGUCAUAAUCACCUGACAUGCAUUGCAAGGCUGAGGGAAGCUGUUUCUAUACCAUCAGUGUCGGCAUGGCCCGAAAAAAGGAAAGAUGUCGACAGAAUGGUCAAAUGGACCAGAGAUCGACUAAUAGCACUGGGCGUCGAAGUUGAGCUGAGAGAUGUUGGCGUGCAACAAAUUCCUGGUCAAGGAGAAAUACCUUUACCCAACGUUCUACUUGGAGUCUUAGGCAAAGACCCUCAAAAGAAAACAGUGCUCGUUUAUGGGCAUUUGGAUGUCCAGCCUGCAGCAAAAGAGGAUGGAUGGCAUACUGAUCCCUUCACGUUGGUUGAGAAGGAUGGAAAAUUUUAUGGCAGAGGUUCGAGCGAUGACAAGGGCCCCGUCAUCUGCUGGAUCAACGCGAUUGAAGCGUUCCAAAAGAACAAUGUCGAAAUUCCAGUAAAUAUCAAAUUCGUUUUUGAAGGAAUGGAAGAAAUGGGCAGCGAAGGUUUGGAACCCUUGCUACUUUCCGAAAAAGACAAAUUCUUGAAAGACGUCGAUUAUGUCUGCAUUUCCGACAAUUAUUGGUUGGGUACCGACAAACCGUGCAUCACCUAUGGUUUGAGGGGAUUGUGUUAUUUCUAUCUGGAAAUUGAAGGUGCCGAAAAGGAUUUACAUAGUGGUAUUUUUGGUGGUACUGUUGCAGAAGCAAUGACUGAUCUAGUUUAUCUCCUGAAUACUCUUGUUGAUGAAACGGGAAAAAUUUUGAUCCCAGGCCUAUACGAUGAUGUCGCUGAGAUUCAAGAGGAAGAAACUGCUGCCUAUGAUAAAAUUGCCUUCGACUUGAAAUGCUAUAAAGACAACAUUGGAUGUCAGGCCCUCUUGCAUGAGGAUAAGUCAAAACUAUUGAUGCACAGAUGGCGAUUCCCAUCAUUGUCAAUCCACGGUGUCGAAGGAGCCUUUUCUGAACCAGGGCAAAAAACUGUCAUCCCAGCUAAGGUAACUGGAAAGUUUUCGAUCAGAAUCGUGCCAAAUCAAACUCCUGAGAAAGUCGAAAAAUGUGUCAUCAAUCAUAUAGAGAAUAAGUGGAAACAAAGGAACAGCCCUAAUAAGAUGAAGAUUACUUUGAAUGGGGGAGGUUCUCCAUGGAGUGAAGACUUCAAACACCCUCAUUAUCAAGCUGGGGUUAAGGCCACCCAGUAUGUUUAUAACGUUGAACCGGAUCUCAUCAGGGAAGGAGGUUCAAUCCCAAUCACCCUCACAUUCCAGGAAGCUACUGGAAAAAACGUUUUGCUCUUACCUGUAGGAGCUGGAGAUGAUGGUGCUCAUAGCCAAAACGAAAAAAUUGAUCGCAGGAAUUAUAUUGAAGGGUCAAAACUGUUGGCAGCCUAUUUGUACGAAGUGGGACAUAUUGGACAAUAAUUUGAAGUCACGUGUUUCAUGUUUCAUAUUCGUAUUUGAAAUUUUAAUGUUUAGUCUUACUUUCAAGUUUAUAUCAAUAUUGAGUUUGGAGAGAAUAAAGUAGUUUUCUAAG